GAACUCUGAGAACUUGGGCUGGAGUUGUGGGCAGCUUCUGCCUGUAGCUAGAAGGCCAGACCCCACCCCCCCUCAUAGCUGUAGCAGGACUGAGGAACAGGGAGGAGACGGGGUGGCGGUGGGGAUUGCGAACACUUCGUCACGGGAAGGUGUAGAUGUGAAUUUAUAGGGCGUUGGAUUGGAAGGAGGAGGGGUUUCAGCCAUGCUCCUCCCCCCAAACUUCAGUUAUCACAUAACUACAUUUAUGUUUGAGACCCUUAAUUCCACUGUGGUUAUUUUGUUAUUUGAUUUUAUGAUUAGUUUGUGAAAUUAUAAGCUAUUUCUUGAUUUUUCCACUGACAAUAACAGAACCAACAAUGAAAAAUUAUUCAUUUUCCCGUUUUCAAUACUGGUUGUUCCUUAUGAAAUUAGUAUCCUAGGCAUUCUCAUACUAACAGUGACACUGACAUCGUGUGUGGGCGUAAGGAAUGAUGAAAGACAUAACAGAGGAAUGUGUGAGAGGGUUUGAGUGUGUUAAAGUUAAAGUUAAGGAAAGAAUUUACUUUCAGUUUGUGCUGAAAGUAUUUAGUUCAGUGCAGCACUGGAUUACAGACAAAGACCAGAGACCUCAAACAAGCUCACACCAUGGAGGAAACCUUUCCUUUCCAUUUUCCAUUAUCAGCCUGCCUGCUCUCUCUGCUCAGUACACUGUUUUUCCUGUUGGACGUGGCGCUGGACGUGUGGGCCAUCAUGUCGCUGUAUCAGGAUGGGCAGUAUGUUUAUAUGGGAGUGUUGAUAGCUCUGCUGCUCUGCUCUUCUAUCCUAGUUCAUGUUUUCAGCUGGAUCUGGUACUCGGACCCUGAAACCAGCACAGGCAAAUUUGCGAGCAUAGACAAAUUUGCGAGGGAGUACGGUUUAAUAGGACCACUGCACGUCGUUCAGCUGGGACUGUUCCUCAGGUUUGCCAGUUUGGUAGAAAUCUCCAUCUGCAAAAUUAUACAAAGAAGCGACCGCUCCCAAGAAGGAGUAGCUGUGUUUCUGAAGCACGACCUCAGCGUGCUGCGGCUGUUUGAGAUGUUUUCUGAAAGCGUCCCGCAGCUUGUUCUGAUGAUCACGUUCACCAUGCAGAAGCAGGGGCUGCAGCUUUUUACAGGUUUUAAAAUAGCUGGUUCACUAAUGUCCAUCGCCAUCAGUGUGUUGUUAUACCAUUGCAACAUGCGUGACUUUGUUCCUGAGGAUCAGAAGAUGGGAUGGUCCUCCUCUGCAGUUUUCUUCCUGUGGAACCUGUUCCUGAUUACCCCUCGGGUGCUUGCUGUUGCCCUCUUUGCCUCCAUCCUGCCCUGCUACAUUGCUGCUCACUUCCUGUCCUGGUGGGUGCUGCUGUUUCUCUGGGCCUGGAGGCAGAAGACGGACUUCAUGGACAACGAAGGAGGUGAAUGGCUCUAUCGGGCCACUGUAGGACUCAUCUGGUACUUCAGCUGGUUUAAGGUAUCAAAGGGAAAGACUAAAGUCAAGAGCAUCAUCUACCAUGUGUGCAUGGGGGCCGACAUUGGGCUGCUAUUGGGCUUGUGGUUUUGGAAAAGAUCUGUUGAUUCAGCUCGUCUGAAUCCUCUGCCAUUUAAUCCGUAUGUGCUGAUUGGUGCAUUGCCUGCACUUUACAUCACUGGACUCCUACUAAAACUGCUUUAUUACUGGAAGUUCCAUCCCAACUGCCCAAGUUUGAGAUUCAAGGACAGAGAUGAGACACCACAGAUUCAGUUACCUAGAAGAGCUUCAGAAGCAGAUGAUUCGGUUGAGAUGGUUUCCGCUGACUUGGAAUACCAACAGACUGUUUCUGGCACCUGGAAGAGGAUGAGAAACAUGGUUAUUAAUUUUUACUACUAAUUUAGACUUUAUAAUAUCUACAGCUAGAUUCCUAGACCCAGAUUAGGCCUAAGCCUAAAUGAGGUGUUUAAUGGUGCGACACAACUGGCAUCACAAUUUAGUCAUAAUGACAUAAUGCCAAUAUCUGAAUGUAGCUACAUACAGACUGUAUUUUUAUCUGUUACUGCGCUUCCCAAACAACAAAAAUAUUCCUGGUGCUGUAGGAUCCUUUUAUAGUGUUAUAUUCAUACUGUUAAGGGACAGAAUCAGUCAGACGUUCGUGGUAAAAAUAACCAAAACAGGCUUUACUGUUGAGAGGAUUUUCCAAAGACAUGGUCAAAAAACAGGCAUAGGUCAGAACCAGGACAGAUCAGACACACAAAGACAACAAACACAACAGACGACAAAAAUCCAGGCAAACAAGUCCAAAGAGAGAAGGCAAAAACAAAGUCAGAAAGAACAGAAAUAAAGUCCAGUUAACAGUGAGACAAAGUACAGGAACCAACGCUCAGUAGCUCUAGAAAUAGAAGCAACACCUCACAAUGAACUAAACUAAAGCCCAGAUACUAUUUAACAGAU